UGGGGCUCACACCAUUAUCAGCUCUACUGUUGCACUGAAGAGAUGCAAAACAGAAACGUUUUACCAGUGGAGAACUCCUGAAAAGAAGCAGAACUAAGAGGGCUGGAGCCAAAUUAACUGGAAAAUCCUGGAAUAUCAACUUAAGGGUGACAUGGUCGACUUUGUGCCAGGACUGCUCAUUUGUUUGAUGGCAGUGCAGAGCAAUCAGCAUGAGGGAAACAAAACUGGGACCGAAUUUCAACCUGGACCAAGGACCUUUAAGGCGUCAGCAUGUGAACUGAAUUAUACAGACUCAUGUUUGCAUGUGAAGCCAGAGGACCCAGUGAAAGCCUAUAUCACAGGGGUGCUCAGCACCUGGGUCAUACCUUCGUCAUACAUCCUGUCUAUGUUGGUGGGUAUCCCCUCCAAUGCCUACAUUCUGGGCUUUCUCAGAGUCAGACUCAGAGCACGGUCCUUUUCCACUGUAGUUCUUCAGCUGAACCUGGCGCUGUCGGACCUGCUGCUCCUGCUUUCUCUUGCACUGCGUGCUCACUACCACUUCAAUGGGAACAACUGGAUAUUUGGGGAAAACUCCUGCCGGCUAAUUACAGCUUUGUUUUAUGGCAACGUUUAUUGUUCAGCUCAGACCAUCGCAUGCAUCAGUCUAAAGAGCUACCUGGCUGUGGCCAAACCAUUCUUAUACAGGAGGCUUGCUACGACUACACUCACAGUGUGGACAUGUUUGGUUAUAUGGUUCCUGUUUGGGGCUGCUGUUGUGCCUGAGCUGCUUGUCAGGCAGAGUUACAACAUCACCCAGCUGGGGAUCACAACAUGUCAUGAUUUACUUCCCCUAGAGGAAAAAUCCCAUUCCCCUCUGGUGUCAUAUAGGUUGAUGCUUAUUUGUCUGGGCUUUAUAAUGCCCUUCCUCUUUUGUAUCUAUGCCCAUAUGGCUGUGAUUUACCAUCUAGGACAAAGUGCUUGUGACUGGAGGCCAUUUAUCAGGGUCAGCACUCUGGUUUUCAUCAUCUUUUUGAUGUGCUUCUUGCCCAGCGGCGUCCUGCAUAUGGCCCACUACAUCCGCCUGCUUUCCAGCGGGGACGAUGGUCUGUAUGGAUACUUUAGAGUAGCCGUGUGUCUCUGCUGUUUCCACAGUUGUCUCGAUCCCUUCCUGUGUAUGCUUAUUUCCAGGACUGCAGCUUCAGAACUACAAUUUAUUUCUCUUCGUGAGAUAUCUGAGAGACCAGCAGUUAUGACGUGACUCUGGAUGUACAUACAAAAAAUUGUGGAAUUAACAGGGUCAACAUUAGGGUUUAUCUACGUUACGUCCAAAGCAACAU